AUGGUUGAAAUGGCUCUAGAAUACAGGCAAGAUGGGCCGAAGCCUCAACCCGAACAACUUAUUGAAAUAGAUCUGAGUGAUGGACAAGUUGCACCGAGGCCGAUAUUCAUAAGUUCGAGCCUCAGCCCAGAGAAGCGGGAACGGUUGUUAAAGUUGAUAAGCCAGUAUUCAGAUGUGUUUGCUUGGUCAUAUAAGGAAAUGCCCGGACUAGAUCCUGGCCUAGUCUCUCAUUAUCUUGAUGUGUUCCCAAACUCCAAGCCAAUUAAGCAAGCUGCACGAAAGUAUCGUCCAUAUCUCGAAGAGAAGAUUAAGGAGGAGAUUGAAAAACUUCAACAGGCUGGUUUCAUCAGGCCAAUACAGUACCCCACGUGGUUGGCAAACAUAGUGCCAAAUGCCGGAGCAACUUACCAAAGGGCUAUGACUGUAAUUUUUCAUGACAUGAUCCAUCAUGAGGUGCAAGAUUAUGUUGAUGAUCUUGUGGUAAAAUCCAAGAAAGAGGAGGACCAUCUCCGAGACCUUGAGAAAGUAUUCAAGAGAUGCCAAAAAUUCAGAAUGAGGAUGAAUCCUCUCAAAUGUGCUUUCGGGGUGACGGCUGGGAAAUUCCUCGAGUUUCACGUACACAGACAUGGUAUCGAGGCAGAUGAAGACAAGGUCAAGUCUAUUAGAGCAAUGCCUUCCCCGCAUUCUUAG